CCCCCACGGGCUGGCUCUAGGGCCGCGCGGACUCCUGGCGGUGGGCGGGGCCAGGGCGGCCCGAAUGCGCAGGCGCAAACGACCGCCCACCCGAUGGAGCCAGAAACCGAGUCGGGAACCGUGGAGGUUCCCGCCGGGCGCGUGCUCAGUGCCCCGGAGCUCCUAGCUGCCCGCUCGCGGCCGCAGAGGCUGCCCCAGCGCUCGCAUGGCCCCAAGGACUUCCUCCCCGACGGCUCAGCAGCCCAGGAGGAACGGCUGCGCCGGUGCCGCCAGGAGCUCUGGCAGCUGCUGGCCGAGGAGCGCGUGGAGCGUCUGGGCAGCUUGGUGGCGGCAGAGUGGAGGCCGGUAGAGGGCUUCGUGGAGUUGAAGUCUCCUGCGGGUAAAUUCUGGCAAACCAUGGGCUUCUCGGAGCAGGGACGGCAGCGACUUCACCCCGAAGAGGCUUUGUAUUUGCUGGAGUGUGGUUCCAUCCAGCUCUUCCACCAAGACCUGCCACUGUCUAUCCAGGAGGCUUACCAGCUGCUGCUGACCGGAGAUACUGUAACUUUUCUGCAGUACCAGGUCUUCAGUCACUUGAAAAGACUGGGCUACGUGGUCCGACGAUUCCAGCCAAGCUCCAUCCUGUCCCCUUAUGAAAGGCAGUUGAACUUGGAUGGCAGUGCCCAACACUUGAAGGACAAGAACAGCAAGAGAAAGAGGAGGAGCUCCAGCUCUUGGUCCACUAAUAAGAAGCCCAAGGCCCAGGAGAACCCCCUACAGGGGGUGGAUGGGACACCUGAGAACCCGACAACCUCCAACCCAUCUCCCUGCAACCAGAACAGCCGAUGCCUAGAGGAGGACCCCCAGGAAUCAAGCCUUGUAAAGGGCUCAACAGGCCCCUUUCGGCUUCUAGGGUCCUUGGAGCCCUGUCCUGGCCGGGCCAGAGAGGGGUUGGGGUGCAAUUGGGAGAAUGGUCGAGUAGAAAAUGGGGUGAGACGGGCUGGUAAGCCUCGUUGGAACUUUGAGCAAAUCUGCUUCCCCAACUUGGCUUCAGACAGCCGCCAUACCCUUCUGCUUGCCCCAGCCCCAGAGCUGCUCCCGGCCAACGUGGCUGGGCGGGAGACAGAUGCUGAGGACUGGUGCCACAAGCUGAACCAGAGGAAGGAGAAACUCUCCAAGCAGGAACGAGAGCAGCAGGCAGAGGGCCGUGACUUCCGAGAGGAUGUCAACUUGGAUCCUGAGGUGCUGUGCUGCUCUGGCUGGCAGGAGUACAAGGAGCUGCUGCAGAGGCGGCACCUGCAGAAGACCCAGAGCCGUCCCCAACAUCUGUGGGACCAGCCUGUCACCCCCUUGCUGAGCCCCAGCCAGGCUAACACCCCAGCCACAGUCCUUCAGCAGAUCUCUGUGCUGCAGACAACACACCUUGAUGACGGAGGUGCCUGGCUGCUGGAAAAAUCUGGGGGCUUGGAGAUCACCUUUGAUGUUUACCAGGCUGACGCCGUGGCCACGUUCCGGAAGAAUAACCCCGGCAAACCCUAUGCCCGGAUGUGCAUUAGUGGAUCUGAUGAGCCAGUCCCAGACCUCUGCACCCUCAAGAGAUUGUCCUAUCAGAGUGGUGAUGUCCCUCUCAUCUUCGCCCUGGUGGAUCACGGAGACAUUUCCUUCUACAGCUUCAGGGACUUCACUCUGCCAACAGAUUUGGAACACUGAUUUUACAGUGCCAGGAGCCUGCUUUGGGGGACCUGGACUACCUACACUCAGGACCAUCUCUGCUGCCUGCUACACCCAGACUCUAACCUGCAUAUCAAGGGGCCAGUGUGGCGUUUGACCCUGGCUCUCAUGCCUGCAGGAGACCAAGGCUGUGCCCCCCUCAUUUGACUGCUGUAGCACUUCCAAGCCUGGAACUGAGAUUGCGACUUUGCUGUUACCCCCUUGGAGCCCUGGUCGAGAUUUCAGAGAGCCACGGAAGGCAGAAGAGAGGACUCAGUGCCUUUAAACUAGAGGGUGCCUGCUUCAUGCGACAAAGCCAAAGCCAUUAAAAUUAGAUCCCUUUUC